GCGCCGCAGGUCGGUCUGCACCCAACUGAAAGGCAACAUAAAUCCGGGCAAACUUGGUGGUGAAAUGCAGAUUCGUCAAUCCACACUCCUACCCUCUUGCUGCAUUUGCUUGUCUGACGAUCACUUUGUAACCGCCCAGAGUGCAGUGUUCCUGCCACCGCCAUCCUGAGGAUUCCGAAUCCGUUCCUGCUGCUGUGGACGCCAGUGUUGCAUCAACCAGCCUCCCUCUCUUCAAUUUUCUGUUCCUCCGACUCCUGCUUGACAAGCAAAAUGUCGAGAUCGACGAAAAUUGGUAGUGACAGUCAGGCUCCUGCUCCCUGGCUUCUCACCAUACUGAUCGCUUCUUCGAUCGCGGUCCAGCACGUGGUCCACGGGGCCGUCCAGGUGGGGUUCUACGACGCAACAUGCAGCGCUGCUGAAUCCAUUGUGAAGGGUGCGGUGCAAUCGGCUGUCGCCUUGGAUGGGACCAUCGCUGCCAGUAUCAUUCGCUUGCACUUCCACGACUGCUUCGCUCAGGGUUGCGAUGCAUCCAUCAUGCUCACCGGAACGGGCUCGGAGCGAGAUGCACCGCCGAACCUAUCUGUGAGAGGCUACGGCGUCAUCAACGAUGCCAAAGCUCAGCUGGAAUCCAGUUGCCCAGGAGUGGUUUCCUGUGCCGACAUAAUCGCCCUUGCUGCGCGAGACUCUGUCGAAAUCCUAGGUGGAGCCACGUACGGUGCAGAAACUGGGCGCUUCGAUGGCGCUGCUCCCGCCGCAAGUGUGAACAUACCGUCCCCGAACUCCGCUGUGGCGGAGGCCACUCCAUUCUUCACCAAUCUUGGCCUCACGCAGGACGACAUGGUCAACCUUCUUGGUGCGCACACCGUCGGCGUCUCGCAGUGCCAGUUUUUCGUCGACCGCUUGUACAACUUCCAGGGCACCGGUUUGCCCGAUCCCAGCCUGGACGCGACGUAUUUGGCCGUGCUUCAGUCUCGCUGCCCAAACGUGGCCGGCGACGUGACCACCGUGGCCCUGGACCAAGGUUCCGAGUCGUCCUUCGACACCGGCUACUUCACCAACAUCCAGGCGAGCAAAGGAGUUCUUCGGAUCGACCAGGAGAUUGCAAACGACGCCAGCACGAGCGGGAGAGUUAACACCCUCGCUGCCUCCCCGUCCACCUUUGGCACAGACUUCGCGACCUCCAUGAUUGCAAUGGGGAGGAUCGCCGUGCUCACUUCUGGAAGCGUCCGCUCCGACUGCGAGACAGCUUGA